CCAGAAGACAUCGGCCAAUCUCCAAUGACUUCCACACCAGAAGGAGACAAAGUGGAUCUUGAGGCCUUCAGUCAGUUCACCAGGAUUAUCACCCCAGCCAUUACCAGAGUUGUGGAUUUUGCCAAAAAGCUACCAAUGUUCUCGGAGCUGCCUUGUGAAGACCAGAUCAUCCUACUGAAAGGCUGCUGCAUGGAGAUAAUGUCUCUGAGGGCCGCUGUCCGUUAUGAUGCAGAGAGCGAGACGCUGACACUAAAUGGAGAAAUGGCCGUCAAGAGAGAGCAACUGAAGAAUGGAGGACUAGGGGUUGUCUCAGAUGCCAUAUUUGAGCUGGGCAAAUCCUUAGCUGCCUUCAGUCUGGAUGACACAGAGGUGGCACUCCUCCAGGCAGUUUUAUUGAUGUCCUCAGAUCGAACAGGACUGACUUGCAUUGACAAAAUAGAGAAGUGCCAAGAGGCCUACCUCCUAGCAUUUGAACACUACAUAAACUAUCGCAAACACAACAUUCCACACUUCUGGCCAAAGCUGCUGAUGAAAGUCACAGACCUACGGAUGAUUGGAGCGUGUCACGCCAGCCGCUUCCUCCACAUGAAAGUUGAAUGUCCCACAGAACUCUUUCCUCCCUUAUUCCUGGAGGUGUUCGAGGACCAGGAAGUGUAGGCCUGAGCGAAAACUGGCUGAAAAACAGAACACACAUACACACACACCCACAAACAAUCACCGGCUAACUGCCUGGCGUCAUGUCCAUUGUGGAUCAUUUUGUCUAUCUAAACUUGGCCGAAUCUCAAAGAACCAUUCCAUUAAUGCGGGUACCAAGUGCAAAUAUUUUGCAAGUCGUAGUAAAGUGUUCCUUGGUCCUUGUGCUCUUGUCUUGCAAAGGAAGGUCAUGCUGCCUAGCUGUGCGUUGCUGCUUUAACAGCUGAUUAUAUAAAACAGCUAACUCCAAAACAAAAUGGCCAACCAUCCCAUCUUCAUUUUUUUUACACGUUCAACUUGGUGCAACCUUUUUUCAGUGGUUUAUCAUUCUGCAGAAAUGUUGUCCUAUCUUUGACCACUGCAGCUCUCGGAGAGCAGUCAUUCUUUAUGACUGGCAACAAAAUUUGAUUCAACGGUUCGAAAGAAAGAGAGAGAGAGAGAGAGAAAAAGAGAGAUGGAACGUCAAGGCAUGAACUGCCCUACCUCAGUGUCACAGGGAGGAACUGCAGUGUGGCAAUUCAAGAAUGGAACGGGAUAGAAAGUUGCAGAGAGGUGUUUCUGUGGGAGGUGUCGGCUAUGCCUCGCGACCGCAAUCGAGUUUGUUUGCCCAUGCACACCCGUCUGCAAUCCGCUGCCAUUCUCAGUGGGAGGAGAAAGCAAAGCCUCCUUCCCGCUGAAGCAUCUGAGAUCCUCCUGAUUCCAUCAGCGCUGAGGUCUCCUUUUGUCAGGUGAAGCCUCCUCGCGGCACAGACCUCAGUUACCGGCGGAGAGCAAACCCUAACCGUCGGUGUGUUUUAUUUCUGACAAAGGAGCACGGUCAGAAAGGGCCAUGCAGAAACGCAGGGGGUAAAAAAAAACAAGAAGUGGCACCUGAGAUUACCCAGGCUCAUGGGCAACAGGGGAUUUAGCUGCAUGAAGAAAACAUGGGAGGAAAAUUCAGAGAAUUUUUACAAAUGUGUUAAAACUAACACUUGCAAUGUGUCUGAGAUAACAAGGUAUA